AUGACCAAACUCGUGCUCCUUCUCGCGCUCGUUGCGGUCUUCGGAAUGGCGUCGAUUCUGGCGAGACCCGCGGAAGAAACGGAGCGACUGGAUUCUGCCAAACCCCAUGAGCGUGCCAGACGACAAUUUGGCGGCUUCCCUGGCAUGUCGUUUGGGCAAAUGGCAGCCGGAAUGGGCGGGAACUUCCCCGGCAUCGUCCAAUCAUCCCGUAACACCUGGGGCAGCUACCAGAGCCAAAAGCAGGGCGGCUUCAACAGCCAGACGAAUUCGAUCAUGUUCGGA